UAGCACGUAACUGGAGCUGAUCUCGCAUAUUUUGGAUCGUAAUCAUGGACGGCGACGAUUUUGCCGGAAAGGCGGCUGCUGAAGCCAAAGGAUUGAACCCGGGAUUAAUCGUGCUGCUUGUUGUUGGAGGUCCGCUUCUUGUGUUCCUAAUCGCCAACUACGUGCUUUACGUGUAUGCUCAGAAGAAUCUACCUCCAAGGAAGAAGAAGCCGGUUUCCAAAAAGAAGCUCAAGCGGGAGAAGCUCAAGCAAGGAGUCCCUGUCCCUGGAGAAUAAAUCUUCACUUGUGUCUCAUUCAAAGCGGUAUAUCUUCGGUUACCUCUUUUACUUCUGUCUUGAGUCCUGUAUGAUUUCACUUGGAGAGCAAGUAGAAAACCACCCUUUUGCUUGGGUAGACCAUUUUUAGUUU